CCAUGGCUGCUGCUGCUGCUGCUGCUCCUCCUCCUACCGAAGUUGAUUCCACACAGCUCGACGUUAAGCUUUUCAACAGAUGGAGCUUCGACGACGUCCAGGUGACUGAUAUCUCCCUGGCUGAUUACAUUGGAGUCGCGCCGUCGAAGCAUGCGACGUACGUUCCCCACACCGCCGGUAGGUACUCGGUGAAGCGUUUCAGGAAGGCACAGUGCCCGAUCGUAGAGAGGCUCACUAACUCCCUCAUGAUGCAUGGAAGAAACAACGGUAAGAAGCUUAUGGCUGUUAGGAUCAUCAAACACGCCAUGGAAAUCAUUCACUUGCUUACCGACCAGAACCCUAUCCAAGUCAUCGUUGAUGCCGUUAUCAACAGUGGUCCUCGUGAAGAUGCAACUCGUAUUGGGUCUGCUGGAGUUGUUAGGAGGCAGGCUGUUGAUAUCUCGCCUCUUCGCCGUGUCAAUCAGGCCAUCUAUCUUCUAACAACAGGUGCACGAGAAGCUGCUUUCAGGAACAUUAAGACAAUUGCCGAAUGCUUGGCUGAUGAACUUAUUAAUGCAGCAAAAGGUUCAUCGAAUAGCUAUGCUAUCAAGAAAAAGGAUGAGAUAGAGAGAGUCGCCAAGGCUAAUCGUUAAGCCGCUUUUGGAAGUAGCCUUAGUGAUGAGAAUUAUUUUGUUUUGUUUUUUCAGCAUCAUUUAUUAAAAAGAGGUGUUAUUCCCAAACAAGGUGGAUAUACUUUUGCGUAUGGUCUUUACUCGCUAUUAUUUUGCUGGAUUUACAUGUCAUGAACAAUUUUGUUGCUUCGAGAUUUUCGUUUCCAAUGUCAGUAGUCUACUAGAGUUUCUUGCCCC